ACUGGUAUGUAUCCCGAGGGAUAAUAUCCUCAUCUACGGGAUAGGUGUUGAAGGAUGAUGGGGAAACUAUUUUAUUCCAGCCCCUAGAAAAGCUUGCGGUAUAUUAUAAGGCACGCAGGACAAGGGUGGUUCAGUAGCUGAGAUACGACGCAAUGGCCUCCUGCGCAGCUUGGCGGGAGAGGAGAGGUUAGCUAGCUAGCAGCCAGGCCCGGUCUGAGCAUUCUCGCUCCAUACUCGUUCUCUGACAGGCAGUAGCAACGCGUUCUGUGUGCCUAGUACUAGUGUUAUGUUGUGUCAUCUACCAUGAUUAGCCGACAUGGAGCUGUGGUCAUCGAAAUCACAAGUGGUUUGUGAAAUCAAAAGAGUUUCCGUUGUUGCGUUUGUUGACAGUGCAAUAUGAAUAUGACCGCUUGUGUACAGUGGUGAUAUAAGUAGGAAUUUCGUUCAUGGCUGUCGCGUGUUAGAUCGGGGAGCACUUGAAGUUGUAGCUCUACAGUGUUGAUUCAAUAUGAGCUCAGGAGGGACGGAACAUACCAUGGAGGAACGCAUGGCAGCCUUCAGAAGUGACCCACAGCUGAUGGAAGCGGCCACCAAAUUUGUCAACGAUGUCCUGGAAAAGGCCAAAGAAGAGGCGUUGCGUCGGCUCAAGGAGAAGGCGGCGGCGGAUUCAGGAGAUGCAGAAAAUGCAAUGGAGAAGGAAAAAUAUAGACAACCGACAAUGAAACAUCACCUGAUCUUAUCACUGACAUGGCCAGUGAACACCAGGAAGAGAGGGCGCUGGCAUUCGAGAGCGCGGGGUUUCUUCAUGAGAGUAUUUGCCUCGCUGUGUCUCUGCAACUCCAACGGCGCCAAGGGAUCGUAAUGGCGCGGAUCUGCACCACGGCGGAAUGAAGAAAAGUGAUUUUUACUAAGAUCGCUUUUUAUGCUGGCUGUCGUAAUGGGAACAGUAUUUCCGGAGCUAUGAAGUUGCAUGUUGCACGGUUCGGACGCGACUCUUAAUUUUACAUUUAUUUUUGAUCUGUUGUGUAUCUGACAUUUCUGACGAUUAACAUGUGGGGCAUAUUAUGUCAAAAGCCGACACAGACCAUGGAAGUGUUUUAGUUUUGUUAGUAAAUUGAGUUGUCUAUAUUUCUAAAGCCGUCUAGAUUCUCAUCUACUAUUUAAGGUGUUGUGAAAUUUUCACAACAAAAACAAAAUUGGAUUGAACUAACGUCAUUAUUCAGUUAUUGUUGGGUAAAUUGGCGCGUGCGGUUUCAAUCAAACGGCCCCGUGGAAGGUGAGCGUUUGAAUGAUUUUCUUGUGGUUGUCUUUUGUUUUAAAUCCUUGCUGACACCGUGUAAUCUGAUUAAUUUAGUCCUCAGCACAUUUACGAGGUUAAUAUUGUUUGAAAUUAACCCCAUAAACGAGAUUUUGCGAAAAUAACACAAGUAGAAUUUGUUUUGUCUGUAACUUACAGUUGUCUCCUUCCUCCUGCACAUAAACUAAAUUAUAAUUAUAAUGUAUGUAUACUUCUUAAAUAUUUUAGUGAAGUAAUUAGAAGAAUUGAGUUUGUGGUACGCGAUUUAUUUAUCGAUUUAUUGACUGAUUCUAAACUGUCGAUUAAUUGAUAAAUGCAGUGUCUUUCUUUUUUCUCUCGCUUUAUAAUCGAUCGACUGCCCCAUAAAACAUGCUACUGCUAUGUUUAUUUCAGUUCGUGUGUUUAUGACAGGAGUCUCUUUGGGUAGUAAAUACGUGGCCCUGCCAUACGCCUUGUUCUAUUCUUGUGUUAUGAUGAGUUAUACAACUGCAUGUAAUUAACAUUUGGUAUAUGUAAAUCAGCUUUGUUGCAUUUAUAUUUCAGCCUGUCUGACGUAACCUUAUUUCAAAGAAAUUAGUUUACAACCGGCAAACAGACAGUUCGAUGUUCAUACCUCAGUGAUUUCUUAUCUGACAGGAUAUCCAUUACCCACCAUGCAUCUCUGCAGACAGUAGAACAGAAAAACUUCGUACCAUGUCCCGUUUGUAAGUAAAGCAUAAGAAUAUACAUACAUGUUCUGGACCAAUGCAGAAUAAAUUUCUUUCCUGUAAUUAUAAUAUACUACACUUUUGGGAGAGAUUAUUCACAUAAAAAUUUAUAAUUAAAAUUAUGAGAAAUUUCUAACCGAUGUAUUUUCUUCAAUAAAAUGCACAGUAUUAUAUGAAACGGUAAAGUACAUCUAGUCAGCGAACUGAAUACUGAGAACGUUUGGUUUGUUGGCUGUUGGUUUAUUAGUUAGGGCCAUUAAUAGGUAAUGCAAAUUCGCAAGUCUCGCGGAAGUGAUUCACGUUCGAUCAUAAUUAUGUGAACAUGUGAAAAUUUCUUUCUUUCUUUCUCUCAGCCUCUUGUAACCGUAGGUAUCGAGGUUUUUAUUUAUUUGAUUAAUCUAUUUGUACAGUGGAUGAGUGAUAAGCCAGACGCAAGGCCUCUACCUAUACAAACACAGAAAGACGCGGACAAACAUCCAUGCCUUGAGUGGGACUCGAACCCGCGGUCCCAGCGGCCAGGCACACGAGAUCCAUGCCUCAGACCGAGUGGCCACUGCGGCCGGCACAUGUGAAAACAAAACAUCAAAACAUAACACACGUGAAUAAAAUUCGAUGAUGAACUUGUGUGUGAGAGAGGAAUUUUAAUUAACGAAAGAUGAGCUAUUGCCCUAUUAUAAAUACAAAGUGCGAAUUUUGGCCACAAUGUCUUAUAAAAAUUCGUGGAACACUUAAAACCUUGUAGCGACACAACGGUUGUUGAGUACUGGCGUAUGUUGAUAGCUGUCGACGUAUGUUUAUUAUAGUGCCAUUCGCUAAAGUGGUAAAUUGAAAACAUAGGAUGAAGUCCAUAUAGUUUAUUUAUUUAUUAUAUGUAGUAUACGUGUAAGGAAGGUUUUUAUGUUGUGGGAUGUUUCAAAUAUUUGAAUUGAUAUUAUUCUUGUUUGUUGAUAAGACGAAAUCAUUUCCUCUCGCUAAAGGCUGCAGGUUUUGAGCAACAAAACCAGUGCAGUGUUUAUGAUCAAAUAAUGCAGGUACUUAUCUAAGUUCUUUUGAAACUGUUGUCAUUUGUUGCCCCUGGCAACUAAACGCGAUGCUCUAUCAAGUAUUUUGGAGACCGGGUUCUCUAAAAAGAAAUCAGUUAUGAUUCUUUAUAUAAUAAUCAGUAUUAUUAUACAAAUAUUUCAUAUUACUACAAUUGAAUUUAAGCACUUGGAAUAUUUUGUACAUUAGCCUAACAUGUUUCGACUUAAUUUCACCAUCUUCAGAGGCGUCAUCUAUAUGUGAAGUAUUAAAGAUUUACAUUAAAUGCCUACAUUAAUCUUAAAAUUAGUACAAUGUCCUUAAUUUGAUUAGUUUAAAACGCUAAACAUGUCAGUUUAUUACAUGUUUUCUUAUAUAUAAUUGCUAUUUUUCUUGAUUUAAAGUUUCUUUAUGCUUUGUUUUCCUGUGGUAUGUAUAGGCCUGUCUCGUGUUUGCCGCAAAUAUAACGUAAUGUAGUUUUAUUAUAAUUGUUUGGAUGAUUUCAUUUAACUUGUAAAUUAUAUUAAUAAUUUCUGACCUAAGUUGAUACCUACUUAUUGAUAUGUUAUCUAGUAUUUAGUACUUGCUUUCUGAUGUAUUACUAACGUAAUUUGCUUCCCUAUUGUUCCUUUCAUCUGUUUGAAUUACGUGAAUGGAUCGGCCAUAACAUGAAACCUGCGUACUACAUACUCAGGAUUGUGUUCCACACUAGAGUCACUUUUCCACAAAGUCGCCACUCACAUUCAGACAUUUACUUAUCCGACCGGUUUAACAGUUUAUUGAUUCCAUCUUGGAAGAACUGGGUGCCUUCUGCCUGGAGCCAUGCCUGUAUUGCUUGCAUGACCUGAAAAUCCGGUUAGAAUUGACGACCAGGGAAACGUUCUUCAAUGGUAGACACCGGAGCCACAUCGGGACUGUAAGGUGGAUGACUGUGAAGAAUCUGACACUCGUGAGACGAGUUUCAAACAACCAGCACCUUGGGAUGUCAAGGAAUUCCCGACUUACACUGUGACAACUUAACGACGAGUUUACUCGAGAAAUCCAUUUGACAGGCAGAAAACGAAUCAUUGAUCGAACUUCACUACAGACCACUCCUGCAACGGUAACACCAAUUCAAAACAGCUGUUGUGGCUCUCUUCAUGCAACUAUUGGCACCUAUUGACUAUAAUGUGGACCUCUGUCCUCCGGGUUUAUGUUGUCACGUUCAAUAUUCAGAUCCAAAUGUAGACAUGUCUGAAAUACAUUCAUAAAAGUAGCUCUGCGUUUUGCCCUCGUAUCUCGAGACAAGGUCCACAGAUUUGAAAUCACCAAGGAUUUUCACCAGUGGGGCACAGUGAAGCAUCUUAUAUGACGUCAAACUAUUUUCUAGGAAAUUUAAUCCAUUCUGUACACAUUUGACGACGUGUAUUCGCCAGUUCGGAUUAUAAAGCCCAGAUGUGCAUGGAUGCCAGUGGCUACCACGUUCAGCAUCUGAUGUGACGCGGUGCAGUUUCACAAGAAGUAAGAUUUAUAGGCCUAGUUACAAUAUUAUCAUCGUUAUCAGUGCAUAAAUAAUGGCUUAUUGCCGAAGGUCUGAAGCCUGUAGCGAGAGAAUGGGUCAGAUAUUAAUGUUUCACUCUACUUCUUCGUCUUUCCUUGUGAGCGUCUACCUAAAGUGUAUAAUAAUAUGUCAUUAGCUCACGUGUCUUAUUAGAUGUCGGUGCGAGUCCGCUGAAUUCUUCCACUUUGUCAUGGAAAGAUCAUGAACAAAUGGACAGACGAGGAAACGUAUUAAUAUCAAGCAGUAAAUGCCACAUUUUUAAGGAUUUAUAAAAUUAUGUAAUUGUUUUAGUAUGAUGUUGAUUUGCGAUAUCUUUUCGGGAAGUAAAAAAAUUGAAAAUGUA